AUGAUUAUCCCCACCCUGGCCGUCGAUGAUAUUCCUCAGGACAAAUGUGGCUCCCAGUCCAUGGCCACCUCUCUGGAUGCAGAUGCCCAUAAAGUGGUUGGUUUUGCCGCUGGCAUGAGGGUCCGCCGUGGUCACAGCUAAGACACUUCCUGCAAAACACAACGGCUGCUUUAAGUCAUAAUCAACACAUUCAUUUGAUAACUCCUUCAAAAAGAUAGAGGAAAUGCCAGUAUCUCUCCUCAUAAUGUGACGAGAUAUACAGUACAUUUCGUUACAUUACAGCCUUAUUCUGAAAUGGAGCCAUUACAGGAGAUAUGGUGGUGAUGAAACAAUGACCUCUGAACCUUCCCUCCCCGAGGAGGAUCUCUGCUGUCCUGUGUGCUGUGACAUCUUCAAGGAGCCAGUUUUCCUGUCAUGUACACACAGCUUCUGCAAAGUUUGUCUGAAAUAAUUCUGGAAAUAGAAGGGAACUCAGGAAUGUCCAAUGUGCCGGAAAAUAAUGUCAAUGGACAACCCUCCAUGUAACCUGGUUUUAAAGAACCUGUGCGAGGUCUUCUUAGAGGAGAAAAGUCUGAGGUGCUCUGCAGUCAACACCGUGAGAAACUAAAACUAUUCUGUCUGGAUGACAAACAGCCCACCUGGGUGGUGUGUCGGGAUUCAAAGAAACAUAAAAAGCAUGACUGCAUCCCCAUAGAUGAAGCUGCAAUGGAUCAUAAGGAGGAAGUUAAGACCGCACUGAAGCCAUUAAAGAAGAAGCUGGAGGUCUUCAACGCAGUUAAACUGAUCUGUAAUCACACAGCAGGGCACAUUAAGAGUCAGGCCCAGCACACAGCGAGGAAAAUUAAGAAGGAGUUUGAGAAGCUUCACCAGUUUCUACAAGAUGAAGAGGAGGCCAGGAUAGCUGCACUGAGGAAGGAAGAGGAGCAGAAGAGUCCAAAGAUGAAGAAGAUGAUUAAGGAGAUGAGCAGAGAGAUAUUAUCUCUUUCAGACACAAUCAGAGCCAUAGAGGAGUUAGGAGAUGAAGAUGUAUCAUUCCUGCAGAACUACAAGGCCAUGGUGAAAAGAUCCCAGUGCACACUGCGAAAUCCACAGAAGGUUACAGGAGCUCUGAUCGAUGUGGCAAAGCACCUGGGCAACCUGCAGUUCAGAGUCUGGGAGAAGAUGCAGGGAAUGGUUAAAUACAUCCCUGUGAUUCUGGACCCCAACACUGCAGGAAUAGGUCUCAUCCUGUCUGAGGAUCUGACCAGUGUGAGAUACAGUGAUGAGCCACAGCAUUAUCCUGACAACCUAGAGAGGUUUGAUGACCCCUUUGUGGCCUUCGGCUCGGAGGGCUUUAGCUCAGGGACAUAUAGCUGGGACAUUGCGGUUGGAUAAAAUACAGGCUGGGUCCUGGGUGUAGCCUUGCAGCCCGUCCAGAGGAAGGGAGACAGUGGCUUUGAAUUUGGAUCCUGGGGUGUGGAGUUUGUAAGAGGUGAAUAUUAUCAAAUCAAAUCUAAAUGUAUUUGCCACAUGCGUCGAAUACAGCAGGUGUAGGUAGACAUUACAGUGAAAUGCUUACUUACAAGCCCUUAUCCAACAAUGCAGUUUUCUUUUUAUGAAAAAUGUAAAAUAAAAAAGUGUUAAUGAAAGAAAAAUUGAAAAUAAAGGCAAAUAGCAGCAGUAAAAUAAAAUAACAGUAGGGAGGCUAUAUACAGGGGGGGGGGGGGUACCGGUACAGAGUCAAUGUGCGGGGGCACCGGCUAGUCGAGGUAAUUGAGGUCAUAUGUACAUGGGGGUAGAGUUAAAGUGACUAUGCAUAAAUAGUAAACAGAGUAGCAGCAGCAUAAAAGAGGGGGAUGGGGUGGGGGGGCAGUGCAAAUAGUCGGGGUAGCCAUGAUUAGCUGUUCAGGAGUCUUAUAGCUUGGGGGUAGAAGCUGUUGAGAAGCCUUUUGGACCUAGACUUGCCGUGCGGUAGCAGAGAGAACAGUCUAUGACUAGGGUGGCUUGAGUCUUUGACAAUUUUUAUGGCCUUCCUCUGACACCGCCUGGUAUAGAGGUCCUGUAUGGCAGGAAGCUUGGCCCCAGUGAUGUACUGGGCCGUACGCACUACCCUCUGUAGUGCCUUGCGGUCAGAGGCCAAGCAGUUGCCAUACCAGGCGGUGAUGCAACCAGUCAGGAUGCUCUCGAUGGUGCAGCUGUAUAACUUUUUGAGGAUCUGAGGACCCAUGCCAAAUCUUUUCAGUCUCCUGAGGGGGAAUAGGUUUUGUCGUGCACUCUUCACGACUGUCUUGGUGUGUUUGGACCAUGAUAGUUCGUUGGUGAUGUGGACACCAAGGAACUUGAAGCUCUCAACCUGUUCCACUACAGCCCCUUCGAUGAGAAUGGGGGCGUGCUCAGUCCUCUUUUUUUUCCUGUAGUCCACAAUCAUCUCCUUUGUCUUGAUCACGUUGAGGGAGAGGUUGUUAUCCUGGCACCACACGGCCAGGUCUCUGACCUCCUCCCUAUUGGCUGUCUCAUCGUUGUCGGUGAUCAGGCCUACCACUGUUGUGUCGUCGGCAAACUUGAUGGUGUUGGAGUCGUGCCUGGCCAUGCAGUCAUGGGUGAACAGGGAGUACAGGAGGGGACUGAGCACGCACCCCUGAGGGGCCCCCGUGUUGAGGAUCAGCGUGGCAGACGUGUUGUUACCUCACCACCUGGGGGCGGCUCGUCAGGAAGUCCAUGAUCCAGUUGCAGAGGGAGGUGUUUAGUCUAAGGGACUAUGGUGGUCUGCUUGAAACAUGUUGGUAUCUGUACUCCUUCGACUCCAUUCCAAGUGAGAAAGCCCCAAAUAAUCAGAAUACAGCUGGACUGGAAAAAGGGAGAGCUUUCGUUUGUUGAUCCAGUCGAUAACACUAAACUACACACAUUCAAACACACCUUUAAAGAGACAGUCUUUCCAUUCAUCUCUACUAUAAAUUCACAGAGGAUCUUACCAGGGAAGGUCUCUGUAUCAGUCGAUACUGCCUCUGUCUGA